GCCCAUGGCCGGCGGGCCCGUCCGCCCUGUAUCGAUUCUAUCCCGCCACACCGGCGCGGAUUAAGUCCGUGGAGGGUAGUGUGCGCGGGGUGCGCGGUGCGAGGGGAUGCCGGUGCGCAAGGGGCUACUCGCGCCCCAGAAUACCUUCCUCGAUACUAUCGCCACACGCUUCGAUGGCACACACAGCAACUUCGUGUUGGGCAAUGCUCAAGUGCCGGCAUACCCGAUCGUGUACUGCUCGGACGGGUUCUGCGAGCUGACGGGGUGGGCGCGCGCACACAUCAUGCAGAAAGGUUGCGCGUGCAAAUUUCUCCACGGGCCUGACACCAGAGAGGAGCAUCGCCAUGAAAUCGAUGCAGCACUUGAUUCCAAACAUGAACUCAAGCUGGAAGUUAUUUUCUAUAAGAAAAGUGGAACCCCGUUCUGGUGCUUACUUGACAUCGUCCCAAUUAAGAAUGAAAAGCGAGAAGUGGUUUUAUUCCUUGCCUCUUUCAAGGACAUCACCAAUACUAAGAUGGCAGCCAUGAAUACUAACGAGGACUUUGAUAGCGGAGCCGCGGUGCGGCCUUCGGCUGGUGUGGUCACUCUAGCGUUAUCCCCAUUUGUACCCGCAGCGGCACUUUUGGGCGCCCGGUUCCGCGCUGAAUCUAGUUGCCUACUUCCAGACCCGAAUGGCAAUCUUGACCCCGAAGCGCCGUCGCCCGCCAACAUGGGCAGACGGCGAUCUAGGGCGGUACUAUACCAGCUUUCAGGACAUUAUAAACCAGAUAAAACGAAGACAAAAUUAAAACUCAACAAUGUUAGUAAGAAUUUGCUUCACUCAUCGGACCCACCAUUGCCCGAGUACAAAACAUCGGCAAUAAAAAAAUCUAAGUUCAUUAUAUCACACUACGGCCUGUUUAAAACUUUUUGGGACUGGUUAAUCUUAAUAGCAACUUUUUAUGUGGCUGUGGUGGUGCCAUACAAUGCCAGCUUCAACGCUAAAGAAAGAAUUAGCCCUGUCAUGGACGUUGUGGUUGAAGUAUUUUUCAUAUUCGAUAUAGUACUUAAUUUCCGGACGACGUUCGUGAGUAAGAAAGGUGAAGUCGUGUCGGACUGGAAAGCGAUAGCCCUUAAUUACAUCCGGACUUGGUGCGUGGUCGAUCUUCUAGCUGCUCUGCCAUUCGAUAUACUUUAUUGGUCCGACGUGUACAGCAUAUCAGAAUCAUCGAUACAUUUAGUGAAGUUAGUAAGGUUAUUGCGAUUGGCGCGGUUGCUGCAGAAAAUGGAUCGCUACUCACAGUACUCAGCGUUGAUACUGACGCUCCUUAUGCUAUCGUUUACGCUAGUGGCCCACUGGCUGGCUUGCAUCUGGUUUAUUAUAGCUGAAAAAGAAAUUGAUGUUCAUAAUAAUGAAGAACAGUGGGAUCUAGGUUGGAUGCAUAAUUUAGCAGAGAGAUUAAAAAUGCCAGUUCACAAUGUAUCACAUGGCGAAAGUUAUAUCACAGCAUUAUAUUUCACAUGUUCAUCACUAACCAGUGUGGGCUUCGGGAAUGUGGCCGCCAACACAGUUCCCGAGAAAAUUUUCAGUAUUCUUGUAAUGUUGAUUGGAGCCCUAAUGCACGCCGUGGUGUUCGGGAACGUAACUGCUAUUAUCCAAAGGAUGUACUCACGCCGGUCUUUAUAUCAAAGUAAAUGGAGAGAUUUGAAGGACUUCCUUACUAUAAACCAGGUUCCGAAAGAACUAAAGCAGCGCAUGCAAGAUUAUUUCCAAACCAUGUGGUCGCUCAAUCAUGGUAUCGAUAUACAUGAGACUUUGAAGGAGUUCCCUGAAGAGUUACGGGGGGACGUGUCGCUCCAUUUACAUCGGGAGAUUCUAUCGCUUCCGAUAUUCGAGGCAGCCUCUCAGGGCUGCCUGAAGUUGUUAUCGCUGCAUAUUCGGAAUAAUUUCUGUGCCCCUGGCGAAUACCUUGUGCAUAAAGGGGAUGCGCUAACCUACAUCUAUUAUAUCUGCAAUGGAUCUAUGGAAGUUGUUCAGAACGAUAUGGUAGUUGCUAUUUUAGGUAAAGGAGAUUUAGUGGGCUGUGAUAUGAAUGCCCAUUUACAAGCGCACAACGGAGCCGGAGGUGCUCCUAACACUGACGUGGUGGUCAAGUCGAGCUGCGAUGUUAAGGCGUUAACAUACUGUGACCUGAAAUGCAUACAUAUGGGUGGUUUAGCCGAAGUUCUGCGGCUUUACACUGAGUAUCAGCAAGAAUUCAUCCAUGAUAUACAACAUGAUCUAACUUAUAACCUCCGUGAAGGAUACGAGGCAGAACAAGAAUCAGAUGGAAACGGACAUCCUUCAUUAACAUUGCCCUCAAUAUCCGAAGAUGAUGAAAAUGCAGUUGAAGAUACAGCACUAUCACCGAAAAAGUCUAUUCCUAUAUCCAAUACAAAUAGUCCCCGACAUGCAAAAUUCAGGUCGGACGGGCAACAGCGGCUUACACACAGAGAGUUAAGAGAAAGAAUAGAAAGACAAAGGUCCGUCGCUACACCCAAAAUCAGUAGAGCGGAUUCUUUAGAAGGGCUAAAUUUAGAAAUGCACAACACUAGGUCAUCAGUGGAAAGGCUGGAUACGCAGGUGUCAAGUUUACACCACGACGUCGCGGCUUUGAGCAUGGAGGUUCGAAAUGCAAUCCAAGCUCUGCAAGAGAUGACGACGGGUCCUGCGGGCUGGCAUGCCGCGCAUUCCAAUCCGAAUCUACAGUGGAAUCAGCCACCUAAUCAACUCGCUAGGAGUUGUAGUCACCCACCCGACGUUUUUUGUUGGGAUCAGCAAGAGAGGCCACUUACGCCUGAGCGACCAAAGGUGCAUAGGUACACGCAGACAGAACCAUUCCUUCAUUUAGUCACACAAUACAUAAUGGAACACCCAGCGACAGUCAUGCUACUUUUGGGUUUAGACCCUAUAGUGACUCCAGUGAUGCCACCGGGCGUUGAGUAUUAUGACACGCGAGGUUGCCGGCCCAGCAUGCUCGAACAAAUUGUUGAAUCAGAAAACGGGAGCCAAAGUCCAUCUAGCUCAGGUAGUGAGAAAGUUGAUCACAGAAGCCUCAGUGGAAGUGCCAAAGAACUCGAUUUACAACCAGAAGUGAAAAGACUAUUAGAAAAAGACUAUAGACCCACUAAUUUAAGGCGGAACAGAUACUCUGCAAGUGAUAUAUGUGAAGAGUCAGAGCGACUUCUAUCUGCCAGAGCACUGCAUCCAAGCACGCGCAGUCUAAAAUUCAAUAUUAACAGUUAAGAAUAAUACACCUUGUUACCAUUUUACUACGUUCUGCUCAUUAGUAGUUAGACUUUAAAAGUAUACAUUUAUAAAAAAUCAGUCUCUGUACCUAUAUUAAAUAAAGAUCUUUAAAUUAGGUAAUCCAAAAAUAAGUUGGUUCUCGUAUUACUUUUCGUUAACGAACUUAAAAGUAUUGCUAUUGUGUCAAAGAGAGUUUAAAUGAAACAAAAAGUUAUUUGGGCAUUUAUUUGUGCUAUCUUUUUCGGAGGUAUACUAUUUUAGAAGAUGUACAUAUCAAUUGCAAU